UUUAUUUAUAAAUUUUUUUUUUGAUUUAUAUAACCAGGUAAACUUUUUUUCAUUCCUUCUUUCUUCUUUCUUUUUAGACAAUUACACAAAGAGCAAUUAACAUUCUCUUUCUCCUUUUACUCUUCUUAUCUUUUUAAGAUUAUUUCAGCCGCUCAGUUCUCUCUAUUUAUACAAAAUCAAACUCCAAUUGUGGAAUUUUUAUGCUUUAACAAUCACAUCAUUAUGCCUCCGAAAGAAACAAACGAUCAAUAUCAACAUGCAAGACAACAAAGCCAUGGCAAUGACAUGUCUUUUGAUGAAUUCUUAUCAAGAUACCACGACAAUUCUCAAUUAUUGGAUCAUAUCCUUGCUGCCAAAACACAAGAGGAAAAGAGAAAAACAGCUGAGGAGUUGCGUCAAGCUGAAGAAGCUCGUUUACAAGACAAAUUUAUUCAAUAUGAAUUGAAUCAACACCAAGAUACCCCAAUUGGUAGAAAUGUAGACCCAUUUUUAGAUGACUUAAUGGGUGGGCAUUCGCAAGCCAGUACCUCCUCCCUUUUUGCAGUGUCACUUAUGGAUCAGCACAGCCAAUUUUCGGAUCAUUCAUCGUCCUUGCAGGCAGGGAUUAAUACCUCACCUUCUCUACCAAUAACCACAUCAGAAUUUCAAUACAUGGAAACUAUAAGUAUUGCUUCUUCUUCCCCUUCGCUGGAUUUGAUUUCACCUACGCAUUUUGAUGUCUACCAUGACAACAACAGUGGCAUGGUUAUGUCGUGUUCUCCUCCUGAUAUGGAUCUCCCCCUCUUCCCAUCCACUUUGACGACCGCACCCAUUGUUCCUUCAUCCAGACCUAUUCCUCGCCAGAACAGUGACAGUAGCUCAGCCAGUUCAAAGAAAACAACACCUAACUCUUCUCCCAAACCGCAUUCAGCAUCCACAACGUCUCGAAAAGGAGCACACCGCACAUUGUCGUACGAAAGCGUCAUGAACCUGGGCGAACUAAACAUGAAUAAAAAUGAUAAUAAAAAUAAAAUGAAGGCUGCCUCACCUCCAAACACUCAACCUCUAGACCAUGAUAAAGUGAUGGAAGCACUUCGGGCCAAAUUACGUAGAUCGACUUCUCCAUAUCAAAAUCCUAGGCCCAAACCUUCACCAGAACCUACACCACCACCACCUAACACUUAUCCUACUACUGGCGUAUUGUUGCUCAACUUGAAGAAUCGUCGAAGAAAGUCUUCAGUAACAAAACGCGGAAGCAACAAUAACAACAAUGGUUCUGGAAGUGCUUAAUAAUCUUUUCUCUUUCUCACUCUCGUUUCUAUUUGACAUAUCAAUCCUUUUUCUUUCUUUUUAUAUGUGUAUUUAUCAUUCAUUCAUUCAUUCAUUCAUUCAUUCAUUCAUUCGCUCUUUUCUUUAUAUAUUUACAUGUACAUGCUUUUUCAUCCAAAAUUCUCUCUCUUUUCUCUUUUUCUCUUUUCUGCUGUCAUACUAUCCCUUAUUUUAUUACUUAUGUAGAUACGAACUUAUGCUAUUUAGUAC